AUGAUGUUCAUUCCUUCAGUGUUAACUGCAGCUCUCGCUUUGUUGUCCAGUGUCGGUUUUGCAGUGAACAGAUCUGCAGCUGAAUUGGCUUCUUACAACCCUGAUGCGUCACAUUAUAAUGGCAGCUUGAAUUUCUGCCUUGGUGCAAAGAAUCCCAAUGGCGGCUGCAAGACAACUGACGAAUAUUUGGCCGACUUGAAUGCAUUGGCUAAUUACUCGGCCAGCGUACGUACGUACGCUACGAGCGAUUGCAACACUCUGCAAAAUCUGUUACCUGCUUUGUCUCAAGCUUCCCACAAUUUCAGUCUAUACGUUGGUGUCUGGCCCACAGAUGAUGCACACUAUGCCCAAGAGAAGAGUGCUUUAUCCCAAUUUUUACCCAAGUACGGCGUUCGUAAUAUAAAGGGUAUUACCGUUGGAUCAGAAGUCUUGUACAGAAACGACCUUAGCGCUAAUGCCCUCGGUGACCGUAUUAACGACGUUCGUGGUCUUGUAAAGAGUUAUGGCUUUGAUGUGCCUGUCGGUACAUCCGACAGCUGGAACCUCUGGGCUGCUGGCUCUGGUGAUGCUGCCAUCCAAGCUAGUGAUUUUAUCAUGGCUAAUGACUUCCCUUAUUGGCAAGGUCAGAAUACUAGCAACAUGACGAACACUUUUGUUUCCGAUACUCUUACUGCUUUGGAGCGUGUUCAACAUGUCAAGGGCACAAACAAUGUGACAUUCUUGGUUGGUGAAACUGGCUGGCCUACUGGAGGUCCUAAUUAUGGUGAAGCCCAAACAUCUGUUGACAUUGCCAAGCAAUUUUUCCACGAUGCUUUAUGCCAAGUUAUGAAGAAAGGCAUUGACAUUUAUUACUUUGAAGCCUUUGAUGAGCCUUACAAGGGUGCCGAUAGCAACGUCGAACCCCACUUCGGUGCUUACUAUAGUAACCGCGUCCCCAAGUUCUCUUUGAACUGUACUGAAUCAAUUUAA